AUGGACAGCCCAGACAGAGUUGAACUCUGCUACCCCCAGUACCCAAAUAGCUCCUGCAGCGGCCUGAAGCGACCUCCCUCCGAGACCGUCCUGCUGUACACGCUGCUCUCCUCCGUCACCGUGGUCACCAUCUCUCUGAACCUGCUGGUCAUCGUCUCCAUCUCCUACUUCCGGCAGCUGCAGACCCCGACCAACACGCUCGUGCUCUCCCUGGCCACCUCAGACCUCCUGGUGGGGCUGCUGGUGAUGCCGGUGGAAGCGGUGCGGCUCAUCGAGCCCUGCUGGCUGCUGGGUAACGUCAUGUGCGCCCUGUCUUACAUUGUCGGCUUCACACUCACCUCGGCCUCCGUGGGCAACAUGGUGCUCAUUUCGAUAGACCGCUACGUGGCCAUAUGUUCCCCCCUGCAGUACCCCAGUAAGAUCACUCGCAGCAGAGCAGAGGUGUCUGUGGGCCUGUGCUGGGCCUGCUCUCUCCUCUACAACGGCCUCAUCUUAAAAGACCACCUCAGGCAGCCGGACAGGUACAACUCCUGCUACGGGGAGUGCCUGGUGGUCGUCAGCUACAUCUCCGGAACCAUAGACCUAGUCUUCACCUUUAUCGCGCCCUGCUCGGUUAUUGUCUUGCUGUACGUGAGAGUGUUUGUGGAGGCGGUGUCGCAGGCCCGGGCCGCGCGCUCUCACGUUACAGCUGUCACGGUCAGGGUCACGGCGAAGAAAUCCGAGCAGAAAGCAGCAAGGACUCUUGGUAUCAUUAUAUUCAUGUUUCUGGUGACUUUCUGUCCGUAUUACUACCCGUCUCUCGCAGGUCAAGACAUCUCCAACAGUGCCUCGUCUUGGGCCAUUGUGUCCUGGAUGGUGUAUUUUAAUUCCUUCUUGAAUCCGCUUGUAUACGCCUUUUUCUAUCCCUGGUUCAGGAAAAGUAUUUCUUUAAUUGUGACUUUGAAGAUCCUAAGACAUGACUGCUCUCAGGCAAACAUGCUUUAACAAGACCUAGCUUUU